AUGACAACUAUUCGAAAAACUAGAAAAUUCAAAACUAAUAGCUUUACCUCCAUUUUGGAUCAGAUUCUCAAUAAAUAUAACCUAUUGGCCGAAUCAAACCUGCUUCAAUUACGUGCUCAUGCCAAUAAGCUUGGUACUAUACUAUCAGAUUGGAAGGCUCGUAAAGAUGUGGGGAAAAAACUCACUAUCAAGGAAAGAGCUCAAUAUUGUGCAAAAACUGGAGAUGUGUGGGAUAUUUGGUUACAUGCUUUAGACUUAGCUGUUCCCAAAAAUAAUACAGAUGAGGCAAUUGUAGCGGCCAGUUCCUAUCUAUCACAAUUUCGUAAAGAAUUAGCAGAAGCUGGAGUCGAUCCUGAGCCAAUUAAUACAUAUGCCAAAUUACCAAAUAUUACUCAAGCUUCUAACAAAAUUCAGAAGAGAAAACUUGAACGGGGAUUAAUCAAUCUAGAGCCUGAACCUGAAACUCAAGCUUUUAUAACUAAACCAAUUGAUAAAGGUGAAGUCUCAUUGCUCAGCAAUAAAAAUACUUCUACAUCUGAAAUUGAGGACAUCUAUGACUUAUAUAGGAAUAUCUAG